CACUUGCGUUUUGUGCCAGUCAUUGGCAACUCUGGGUGCAGCAGUCAGAGAUCAGCUGUUGUAUAGAAUUAGUGGUAUUUUAAUUUAUAUAUAAAACGAAUUAGUUUCUUAUUUAUCUGAUAAAAGCAAAUGCUAAAGUCGACAUAAAUUAAUAAACUCUCAGGAACUGCAGACUUUACUGCAAUGUAUUGGUGUUAAUUAUUAAUUGUAAAUAUCUAAAAAUGACUGAAAGUGUUGUUACUGAAUGGCUUGCUGAUUGUGUUGAUCUUUCUUCUGCCGAAUUACAUAGUUUUGCUAGUACCCUUUCAGAAGAUACUGAAAUAGUUCGUGCAAUUUAUAUAUUGCUGGAAGAACGAACAAAAUACUGCCAGCUCGUUGAUACAGUAUGCAACAAAUUAUUUGACUUUUAUCGUUCUCAAGAAAAGGAACUUGAACGAUUCACGUUGCAGUUUCUGCCUACAUUAAUAUACAUUUAUUUAAAUUCUGUUGCCCAUGGCGAUAUUAAAAAUUGUAGAACGGUAGAAACAUUGUUGAUUGGCUUGUAUAAUUUGGAAGUUGUAGAUAUGAAUGGACAACCAAAAGUCGUAUCUUUCAGAUUACCUUCUCUAGCUAUGCUAUCGAUAUAUCACGAACCUUCCAGUUUGGCAUCUGCUUCGUUAACGGAAAGUGCGAUUCGCCGUUUUGAGGAGUGCAACUCAAAACUUGUCAGCUGGGGUCCUUUGCAACAAGUGGAAAUCCUGAAUGCCCAAAAUAGAUUAAAAGUAAUGACAUCUCUACUUUUUAUUUACAAUCAGCAAUUGUCAUUCAUAUCAAAACAUUCACUGGAGCAAUUGUGCAAGGUUGCGACAACACUCGUGACACAAGGAUUUUCGAAACUGGGCCUUCAUCAAAGAUCCUCGUAUAAUAGUGAAACAAGUUUUGUUCCAAGGUUGUUACCACGAAUACCAGUGACGAAUCAAUUUCUUCUAGAAUUUCUUCAUUCAAUUUAUUUUGCCAUGUACAACGAUUGUUGGUAUGUUGCGAAUCAAGCUACGGAUGACAUUCACAAUAGAGCGUGUUAUGAAACUUUCACAAACGUUAUGUUGGUUACAAAUGCUAUUCGUAAUGCAAAUAGUUCUGGGCCCCCAGGACAACUAGGGGACAAUUCUUUGGGAAUCGCGAUAUCAUCCUCUUCCACAGGUACAUCAAUGUCCAAGUCGAUGAUUACAAACGCGUCAUUCCGCACCAAGAAAUUACCAGAUGAUAUUCCAAUUCAAGUGACAAAAGAAGAAGGUGGUACGGAAAAUAAGAGCAAUUUGAAAUCAAUAACGGAGGAUCAAGAAAUUUCGGAACCGAAUCGCGCGGGAUCUGUUCGUCAAUCAAAAGACACAAAAGUUGUUUCAAAAAUAACUAAUUUUUCCGGCCUUGGGAAAAAACCCAAGGAAAAAGAUGGGAAAGGGCCUAAAAAUCUGUCUGGUAACGAGUUGAAGGAGAAAAAAUUCGGUUCACAAGGAAUAUUAAAGGACAGUACAAAAGGUAGUCGCUCAAUUUUAAAUAACGAUCAGGAAGAGAUGGACACGAUUGUUAAUGGGACGAGAAAAAAAAUUAUUAUUGGUGAAAAUAAUUUGACUGGUGUGGAUGCGAAUACGAGUUUAAUUGAGAGCGAGAGAUUAACGGCAAGUAAUGAAUGUGCUGAAGGUAUUAAUUUAGAUUCUUCUGUUAGUUUAACAAGAACGUAUAAUGACACAGAAUCAGGAAUAUUAUCAAUGCAAGUUAGUACAGUGUAAAAAUUUAUUUAUUUCCUUUUUUUAUAUUUCUCACAUAUGGAGCCUUUAAAUGUUUGCAUUUUCACCUCUACAUAAAUUAUUGUAUGUAGUGCGUUUAUGAUGAUAUUUCUAGUAAUUAACUCUAUCUAGAUAGUAUUUGAAAUUUUUCAGGAAAAAAAUUUUCAUUGAAAAUUUAUAUUAUUGACUAUUUACUGAAAUUAAAUUAAAUUAUUGCUUUAUUAUUUUGAUAACAAAUUAUCUUCAAUUAUUGAGUCCUUAAACUGAAAUUUUAACAUUAUUUUUAUAUUUUAAUCAGUUUUCAUUAUACACUUAUGAAUUAUUUAGAAUUUUGUUCUCAAGUUUUAAUACUAAUUAUUAAAACAUAUUUUUUAGUAUUAAAUUCUCUUUAAAUAAAAAUUCUAACAUAUGUCAUUUCGGUUUUUUCAAUGAACAAUUUUCACUUGAAAAUUUUUGUGCCUGUCGUCUUUACUUAAAAGAAAAGAUAUCGAUGAAAUAUUCGAUUCUUUUUUCUUAUUCGAACAAGUUUUUCGAAUAUUUGCAGAAUAUUCUUAAUAAUUUGAAAAUAUUGGAAAAUUGUAUCAAAACAUAACGUAGGAAUAUUCAAUCAAAUAUUUAUUAUGCCAUCGGCAUUAAUUGUUGAAACUGAUGAGCUAUUGAUAAGUUAUUAAUUAUGAAUCCGUUAAAUAUUUUUUAUAAGAAUCUUUGAUCUCUACUAAGCCAUUUGGCAAAAAAAAAUCUAAUGUAAUAUAUAUGUAAAAAUUAAUUCAUUUUUUAUAAUAGAGACCUUUAUUUAUUUCGAUGAAAAAAAAAUUGUCAAGAUUUAAUGAUUGAUUGUUAUUAAUUGAUCACAAUAGAUCAAAUAUUAGAGAAAAAUUGAUAUCUUACAUAUAAGAAUCAGAAUGGAGUAUGGCAAAAAUCAAUUUUCCUUUAAAAUUCUUCCAAAUACGUUUCAAAGAAAUGUUGUAGCCCUUAAGUUUUCAUACAAAUGAAAGUUAGGUUCAUGUAGAUUCGAUCAGUAAUACUGCAAGAUAACAAAAUAUACAAAAUGUGUAUCCUACAAAAUGAUUUUUAUUACAAUUAUAUUAUUUUACAUCCUAA